AAAGUAAAUAUAUUAUUUAUUAUAAAAAAUAAGUUAAAUAAAUAUAUAAAAUGAAGGCAUUUUUAUGUUCAAAAUAGCUUUUAAAAAAUAAACAAUUAAUAUUUAAAAUACAAAAUACAUAUCAUCCAAAAAUACAAUUUACUCAUGGAAAAUAACCAAUGAAAACUAUAUCGAUUAGAGAAUCAUUAAAUUUAGCAUUAGAAGAAGAAUUAAAAAGAGACUCAAAAUGUUUUAUAAUAGGUGAAGAAAUAGGAACCUAUUAAGGGGCAUAUAAAGUAACUAAAGGAUUAUUUGAAAAAUUUGGAAAAGAAAGAAUAUGGGAUACACCAAUAUCUGAAAUAGGAUUUACAGGAAUUAGUGUAGGCGCUGCUAUGCAUGGAUUAAAGCCAAUAGUUGAAUUUAUGACAUGGAACUUUGCUAUGUAAGCUAUUGAUCAAAUAAUAAAUGGGGCAGCGAAAUUAAAAUACAUGAGUAAUGGGGAUUUAAGCACACAAAUUGUUUUCAGGGGAUUAAACGGGCCUGCAUCAGCAGUAGCAGCAUAGCAUUCUUAAGAUUUUAGUGCUUGGUUUUCUUAAAUUCCUGGUUUAAUAGUUAUUAGUCCAUACGAUGCAGAAGAUUGUAAAGGAUUAUUAAAGGUAAAAAAAGAUUAUUUUUAUUUAAUUUUUUUUUAAAAAAAAAAAAAGGCUGCAAUAAGAGAUCCUAAUCCAGUGGUAUUUUUAGAAAAUGAAAUCAUGUAUGGAAAAAAUUUUGAAGUUUCUUAAUAAGUUUUAAGUGAAGAUUUUGUUUUGCCUAUUGGAAAAGCUAAAAUUAUGAGAUAAGGAACUGAUGUUACUAUUGUCUCAUAUUCUAAGCCUGUAGGCUUAUGCUUAGAUGCUGCUAAAAUUUUAGAAAAAGAUGGUAUUUCUGCUGAGGUUAUUAAUUUAAGAACACUUAGACCAUUAGAUAGAAAAAGUAUUGUUGAUUCUGUAAAAAAAACACAUAGAAUUGUUUCUGUUGAAGAAGGAUGGCCAUAAUCAGGAAUCGGUAGUGAAAUUGCUGGUUUACUUUUUGAAUCUUCUGCUUUUAAUUAUUUAGAUGCUCCUUUGGAAAGAAUUACUGGACUAGAUAUCCCUAUGCCUUAUGCACCUAAUUUGGAAGCUAUGAGUUUACCUAAUGUUUAAAAUAUUAUAAACGCAGUUAAAAGAACUAUGAGGGGAGUUAAAUGAUAAGUUG